UAAGCUAAAAGUGUUAAAUUCCAUAAACAGUAUAAUGAUGAAAAAAUUUUAUUUUUGUAAAAGAGAAGCCAAGCUAAAGGAAACUCACGAAAUGACCAGCGACUGGUAGAGGAUAUCCAUCCGAGCAGAGAGGCAGAGAGAGAGAGACAGAGAGCCAAUAGCCAUGGAUAGGGUGCCGUCCCUGACAAUGACCUUCACCAGCCUGGCUCUGCUGCUCCUGGUGCUGAUCAUGGGCCUGCUGUUUGCCUGCCACUGCCUGGGGCACCGGGCGGCCAGCUGGAUGCGCAUGCGGUCCAGCAAGGAGGAGAAGAUCGGCCUCUCCAAUCACAAGCACAAACUCUUCCAUGGCAAUGGCUAUAUGGCCAGUAUCCAAUCCGGCUCGGAGUUCCUGCUGAGCACCAGCGGCAGCUUCAAGCGUUUCGACACCAUCGACAAGGAUGAUCACAAUCGCUCCCAGCAUCUGCUCUUGCUGAAUGGUGGGGCAGGUGGUGGUGGUGGCGGGGGCACGGGCACUGGUGCUGCCUCCUCCACAUUAGAGGCCACCACGCCGCUGUGGAACCUGCCCCAGGGGGAUGUUGGCAUUCCGCCGCAACCGCUGCGACCCGCACCGGCACCCAAUAGCGCCGGAGCCAGCAGCAAGACCGUCACGUUUUCCUUUAGUCAAGUCAACGAGCUGGCCUCUCCCACAGCCGACGAGCCGGAGCUGCUGGAUCGCCGCUCCUGUCUGCGCUCACCGCUCCGAACUGUAGUGCCACAGCCACUGGAGGCACCGCCGCCACCGCGACUCACCACCUCCGCCUCUGUAAACCUGUCGGCCACCGCUAUUCCGCGUCCAAUUGCAAAGCGUCAGGUGUCCCUGCAGCAGGGCAUCAACCGGAGCGGGGAGCAGCUUGCAGUUGGUGCAGGCCAAUUGGUGGCGCAGGUGGAGCCCCAGGUUGUGGUGGAGGUGGAGAGACGCACACCGGCAUUGAAGCGCCGCAACUCUAGCACAAAUCCCUUCCUCUGCGAGUCCAUUGAGCAUGUGCAGCCAGGCCCAACAGAAGCUCCAGCAGCGACCUUUACUCCAACUCCAACUGCAAAUCCUGCGGCACCUCACAAUGGGAAUCCCUUCAUGGAGUCGCAGAGCCUCUCCAGUCGGCUGCUGAAGUUCCACAACACAACGAAUCCCUUCACGGGUCUGGGGCAGCGCGUCAAGGGGCCACACAUGCUGCAGAAAACCAUCUCCGAGGACUAUCUCUUCCGCAAGUUGGGCAUGAACGGUCCACUGGUGAAUGGCCAUAGCCAGGCCAACGGCAACGGCAAUGGCAACGGCACUUGGAGCUUUGGUCGCUCUCUGAUGCGACAGGAGUCGACACUCAGCCUGGGCCUGGGCAGGCGCAACAGCUCGCAAGUGUCGCUGGACACGGGCUCCGCUGCGGGAUCGCUGGAGGGCAUCAAUCUGGAGCAUGCCAUCUCCUGCGAUUCGGUCAACUCGGACUCCACCCUCUUCCUGGAUCAGCUGGAUCAACCCUACACCCAGAUCACUGGAUAUCUCUGCAUUGGCCUGCACUAUGACAAAAACAGCAUCAGCAGCGAGGGCAUGGAACUGACUGUGAGCGUGCUGGAGGCCAAGGGUCUCAUUUGUCCCUUCAGUGUGGAGUCGUUGGAUACGUUUGUGCGGAUCUAUCUGGUGCCCGAUCAUCCUGGCGCCAUGCAGACCAAAGUGGUCGACUCCACGCUGACGCCCAGCUACAAUGAGAGCUUCAACUUUUGGCUGCAGAAGAAACAGGUGCGGCACUCUCUCUGGUUCCAUUUGUACCACAACGGACCGGCGCACACGCUGAUUGGGGAAGCGGAGAUGGAGAUUGGUGAGCUGCCACGUCCCAUCACCACCUGGAUACCGCUGUCGGACUCGCGGAAAUGCAACGCACGCUGGGGCGAGCUAAUGUUCUCGCUGAGUUACCUACCAACGGCCGAACGGCUGACCAUUGUGGUGGUCAAAGCGCGCAAUCUGAAGCUGGACGUGGAGCAGUCCAGCCCGGAAAUUGUGCAGAAUGUCUUUGUGAAGGUUUAUCUGAUGAACAACGACAAGAAGGUGCUGAAGAAGCGCACGUCGCUGAAGCGCAAGGAUCGCUGUCCCAUCUUCAACGAGUCGAUGAUAUUCAGUGUGCCGCCGCAGAAUCUGACAACGGCCCAGUUGCGUCUCACGGUGUUCGGCGUGACCAAUGAGGGCGGUAUACUGCCGCUGGGCCAUGUCAUUACCGGCAGCUGUGCGGUGGGCAAGGGAUUGCGGCACUGGCAUCAGAUGCUCUCGUCGCUGCGUAAACCUGUUGCCAUGUGGCAUGUCCUGCGUCGGGCCGUCAAUCAGCCAAUUUUUACGGGCGGCGCCGAGGCUGUGGUGGCCGCCAUGCAGAGCACACUGCAACGGGCCAGCGCCAAGCGGAACAGCAUCGUUUAAGGCGGUGUCUCAGAUCUCGCUCGCUCGCUCGAUGAGCCAUUAAAAUUAGCGUAUUUAGUUGGAAAAGAAGAACCCUUCUCCCAGUCCCAGUCAAAGUCCCUCUUCCCCCUCCAACUUGUUUGGCAAACGAAAGAGACGGGAAAGAUGGAGAGCCUCUAAAUUGCAUUUAAUAACUUUCUUACUUUUCUACUGCUUAACCCACAUCCUGCCAGCUCCCUCCCAGUCUUAGCUUAGGGCUAAAAUCAAAUUUACUAAAAGUAUUAUUAAAAUAUAGAGAGAGUUUAAUCUAAUCCUAGACCCGCACCAAAGGACAAACAGAGCCUAUUAACUAGUUAUACAUAUUAACACAUUGUCUACGCACUAAUUGUUAUUCGAAUGUAAGAUUUAUAUUAUGACUAUCUAGAGUGAGUGAGUCCACCCCCAGCACUUGUUGAGAUUUGCGUUCAUUGUCGGCAUGCAGCGCGUGGUGGAAUGCCCUUGCGCUGCAUGAUAGCUAGUCUAGCGACCUGUGAGCCUGUUAUAUGUAUGUAUUUACUCGUACAACUCCAUAGAUAGUUAGAUAGAUCUCCGAUCGUCAGUUGGCAAUCAAUUGUUGUUGAAAUUUGUAACUCAAUCGAGAAGCGUUCAAUCCCCUUAAGCAUUGUGAUAUGAUGACAGAGCAACAGAGAAACCCUAAAGAAUCGAACAAAAUUAGCAACAAUUACGCCUGUGAGUUGUGCACUUUAUGUUCUGCACUUUUAGAUUUAGUUCUAAAAUUAUAAUUAUAAUCAUUUGUGGACAGAUUUCCAUUUAGAGUCGAGUUGUUUAAGCAGUAAAGGACAAUAACUUUGCAAGCAUUUAUAAUUAUGUAUAAUCAAGGACAGGUCCUGUCGAACCCCAACCACAACUCAACAUUUCACUCACUUUUGAUUGAACUCCUUCAACCCAGGCUGAGGCUUUAAAAAUGCAUCCAACAAUUACAUAAAUCACAGAGAUAUGCAGACAUUCCCGACAUUAUCAAUGAAUCAAAUUAUUGAUCAACAUUCUAAAUCGAAACAUUAAGGAGGUUAAAGGUUAAAGAAAAUCAAAUGAAAGCAGUGCUCAAUGACCAUAGCGUUGAUUCCUUAUUUAUUCGUGACUAUAUUUAUCAUUCUUUGAGUGAUAUAAUUCGACAAUCGAUUUGAUUUGAAAUGCACACCAAAUCGGUAAAAGUGAGAGAGAAAAUUCCAUUAUUAAGUGUUCGAUCAAAAAGAAAUACACAAAUAUACGAAGAGAGCAUUUAAGGGCGUGUCCUGUGCCCCAGAUUAAACAAUAUAAAUAUAUACAGACCUAAAAACAAAUAUAUCUCGUAAUUAACUGACGAAUCCGAAUAUAAAGACCUUUUUUUUUAUU